AAUGGUGAAAUAUCUUGUGGGAUAUGGCGCUGAUGUAAAUGGAAAGAAUAAUAACAAAUAUACAGUCCUAGACACUGCUGUUAAAAAGGGGUGGCUAGAGAUGGUAAAAUACCUUGUUGAGAAUGGUGCUGAUGUAAAUGGUAAGGGUCUUGAAAGUAAAAUUAACGCUUCUACACUUGGUACUGAUAUCCUAAAGAUAGCUGUUGUGAACAAUUCAGCUGUUUUGGUCAACCUUUUGUUGAAAAAGAACGUUACUGUGCGGAGAGCUCAAACAUUUCUUGUUAAAGGCAGACAGAUGAGUCUUCUUGAAUGGAGUGUUCGCUUUGGUCAUGAUGAGAUUGCAACUAUCCUCAGGCGCUCCGUUAAACAUCGUGAGAAAAUUGAAAUUUUGAAAACAAAGAAUUGCAAUAAGUUAGACAAGAUUGGCAUUCCGAUGCAGGCUUUUGUCGCCGACAAGCAAUUCAGAAUUGGCGAUGGUGGAUAUUCAAGUGUCUAUGUUGGUCUCAUGGAGGAUGGGACUGAAGUUGCUGUUAAGAAAAUGCUGGUACAAAAGUGUGAUAAAAUAGCUGAAAACGAAAGGGAAAUUAUGGAUCUUAUUAAAACAAGCGACUCACCAUUUAUAGUGAGUUAUCGACAUUUUCACCGUGACGAUACCUUCAUAUAUCUUAUUCUUGAUCUUUGCGAAGAAACCUUAAUGGAACUUGUUCAUGCAUCCAGUAUUGAACAUCUACAAGAGCGUGGUCCACGAAUGAUUAAGGAAAUUCUUUCAGGACUUGAAUUUCUUCAUGGUAAAAGAAUAUUGCACAGAGAUCUAAAACCAUCAAACGUCCUGGCUGAUAUCGAGGGUCGCGUGAAAUUGGCAGAUUUUGGAUUAAGCCGCGUUCUAAAAGACGAUGAAACUACAGUUGAAACAGAUGCUAAAGGCACUCACGGAUGGAUGCCAACAGAAGUAAUUGAAGCAAUAGACAAAGAAGAAAAAGGUACGUUCAAAAAGAAAUCGGAUGUUCAGGUAGCGGGCAUGAUUGCUUUCUUCAUCUUAACAAAAGGUGAACACCCUUUUGGAUCUAGGUUUGAACAAAUGAAAAAUAUUUUGGAAGGAAACCCUGUGAAUUUGAAGAAACUUGGUGAUCGUAAAGCUCGAAAUUUUGUGUCGUGGCUGAUUCGUCACAAGAUUGAUAAGAGACCAUACGCUGAGGAAGCACUGUGUGACUCUUUCAUUGAAAAAGAUUGAUACAGAACUAUUUUACGGAGAGAAAAGCAUUGUUAUGAAAAAUUAUCCCAAUAUUUUCACAAUAUAAGCGACGAGUGCGUAAGGAGAAGAAUUAUCUGAAUUUCACAACAUGGUAUUCUUUCCUGUUGAACUGAGUAAAUCAACAUAAUCAUAUUUACUUUUGCAUCCAUUUUUUGUGUGCAUGUGUGCUAUAUUUUAGCUCUACUCAGGAGAGGAUCAUCUAGUAAUCUAGACAAACUUGUACAAAGAACAAUUAGUUAACCUGAUAAUCAUUGUAUAAAUUGUAAAUGUUGGUGAACUGCUCAUGUGAAUAAACGGACUAUAAUUUUCGGCAAUAGUUUGUGCAGUUGUAGUGUAAUUUGGGCCAUUUUUACCGCCCUAAUCGGUUCCUAGCACAUGCCUAGUCAGUUCAUACUCGUGCCCUGGUCCUUCCGUAUACUGCGUGCGGCGUUAUCAGGGGAGGAUACGAAGAUUUUGGUACAAGGAUGAAAUAUGAAGAUGACUGGGAGAUUGCAUGGGAUGUAUUUGUCGGUGUUUAUUGAUGCAAGGAAUAUUUUAAGGAUUGCGUGUUUACCAUCAUGCCUUGCGUGGUCAAAUCAACUUCACAUUUCACGCCUAAAAAUCUAGAUUUCCGUUUAUAAUCCAUGCGAAAUUUGAAAUUUAUUCGCUAUUUUACCCUUCGAAUGAAAAUGCAAGACAGUUAGUGGAUCACUUUUAAGGCAAAUGUUACCAAUAAUAAUUGCAAAGCAUGACGGUUGAUUACAAUUCUUCAAUGAUUCUUGUUCAUUAACGGCGCAAAACAAUCGUGUCUGUGUUUUAACAAACUAGUAGUUCGUUUAGGGCAAAUAUGUGAGUGAAACUUCUGGUAACUUGUUCCAUUUGAAUGUAUAGCAGCA